UCCUUACGAAACAAAAUGGCGUCCUAUUAUUUGACUGUCACUCGGUUGCGGCUGGCCCUUGGAAGGCGACUUCAUGUCUCCGCUGCCCUAAGUGCCAAGGCCAAAGUAGCAAUGAGCCGCUUUGAGCCUGGUUCCACCACUAACUAUGAGAAGAUACAUGAGAACAUCAACAUUGUGCGAAGGAGACUCAACAGACCUCUCACUCUGUCUGAGAAGAUUGUGUACGGUCAUCUGGACGAUCCGGCCGGGCAGGAGAUCGAACGCGGUCGCACGUACCUGCGCUUGCGUCCCGACCGCGUGGCUAUGCAGGAUGCUACAGCUCAAAUGGCGAUGCUUCAGUUCAUCAGCAGUGGUCUACCCAAGGUGGCAGUACCGUCCACUAUCCACUGUGAUCAUCUGAUUGAGGCUCAGAUCGGAGGGGCUCAGGACCUGCAGAGAGCUAAGGACGUGAACCAGGAAGUUUAUAACUUCCUUGCAACUGCUGGUGCCAAGUAUGGAGUUGGCUUCUGGAAACCAGGUUCAGGGAUCAUUCAUCAGAUCAUCUUGGAGAACUAUGCCUAUCCUGGGGUAAUGCUGAUUGGUACAGACUCACAUACUCCGAAUGGUGGUGGUCUGGGUUGUGUCUGUAUCGGAGUUGGUGGAGCUGAUGCUGUGGAUGUUAUGGCUGGAAUCCCUUGGGAGCUCAAGUGUCCCAAAGUGAUUGGAGUAAAGCUAACAGGUUCCCUGUCAGGCUGGACCUCUCCAAAGGAUGUCAUCCUGAAGGUGGCUGGCAUUCUCACUGUAAAGGGUGGCACAGGUGCCAUUGUGGAGUAUCAUGGGCCUGGAGUUGACUCCAUUUCUUGUACAGGAAUGGCCACCAUCUGCAACAUGGGUGCUGAGAUUGGAGCUACCACAUCCCUUUUCCCCUACAACCAUCGCAUGAAGACAUAUCUUGAAAAAACGGGUCGCGCAGAGAUUGCCUCUCUAGCUGACGAGUUCAAAGAGGACUUGGUUCCUGAUAAUGGUUGCGAAUACGACCAGACCAUUGAUAUUAACCUGAGUGAGUUGAAGCCACACAUCAACGGGCCUUUCACCCCCGACUUGGCCCACCCAGUGUCUGACAUUGGUGCCAUUGCUCAGAAGAGUGGCUGGCCCCUUGAGGUUAAAGUUGGCCUGAUUGGUAGCUGCACAAACUCCAGCUAUGAGGACAUGGGCAGAGCUGCCUCUCUUGCCAAGCAGGCCCUGGAUAAAGGCAUGAAGUGCAAGUCCCAGUUCACAGUCACCCCUGGUUCAGAACAAAUCCGUGCCACCAUUGAGAGGGACGGAUAUGCCAAGAUCCUGAGUGAUGUUGGUGGGAUCGUACUAGCCAAUGCAUGUGGACCUUGCAUUGGUCAGUGGGACAGGAAGGAUGUGAAAAAAGGAGAGAAGAAUACUAUUGUCACUUCCUACAACAGGAAUUUCACUGGCCGGAAUGAUGCUAAUCCAGCUACUCAUGCUUUUGUCACCUCUCCUGAGAUUGUAACCGCCUUGGCCCUAGCUGGGACCCUCGACUUCAACCCAGAGACGGACUACUUGACUGCCCCUAACGGAGAGAAGUUUAAGCUACAGCCCCCCAGUGGUGAUGAGCUACCCUCCAGAGACUUUGACCCUGGCCAAGACACCUACCAGCAUCCUCCAGAUGAUGGCAGCUCUGUUAAGGUGGAUGUAAACCCCUCCAGUAACCGCCUGCAGCUACUGGAGCCCUUCGACCAGUGGCAUGGAAGAGACCUGGAAGACAUGAAGGUCCUUAUAAAGGUUAAGGGAAAGUGCACCACCGAUCACAUCAGUGCUGCCGGGCCCUGGCUGAAAUUUCGUGGUCACCUCGACAACAUUUCUAACAACAUGCUUAUCGGUGCUGUUAACACAGAGAAUGAUGCAGUCAACAAAGUCAAGAACCAUCUUAUUGGAGAGUAUGAUGGAGUGCCCGAUGUGGCUCGCCACUACAAGGCCAAUGGAGUCAACUGGGUGGUGGUUGGAGACGAGAACUACGGUGAAGGAUCCAGCAGAGAGCAUGCAGCCCUGGAACCUCGACACUUGGGGGGACGUGCCAUCAUUGUCAAAAGUUUUGCUAGAAUCCACGAGACUAACCUGAAGAAGCAGGGCCUGCUGCCACUAACGUUUGGAAAUGCUAGUGACUAUGACAAAAUUUGCCCCGAUGACCACAUUUCAAUCACCGGCUUGAAAUCCUUUGCCCCUAGCAAGCCCCUGACAGCGCUGAUCAAACAUAGCGAUGGCAGCGAGGAGUCCAUCUCCCUAAACCACACUUUCAAUGAGACACAGAUUGAGUGGUUCAAAGCUGGCUCUGCCCUCAACAGGAUGAAGGAGCUCCUGUGAUUGGUUGAGGGAGGGAAGGAAGGCAAGGCUUACAGUUGCCAUCAAGGGGCCUUAGCAUGAGUGAAGAAGGUGAGAAAUGUGAGCGUAGUGGAGAAAGAGACUGUGCGAAUACAAUGAUGGUAACCACACUUAGUCGAGGCACACUUGUAGUUGUUUUUGGAAAGAGCACAUUCACACGCACAAGGUCGCUGGACAGAUGAAAAGCGCACAUAGCCACAUACAGCCACAGAUAGGAUUACACAAUAGAGAGUCAAACAAAAUAAGACCAGCCAAUUUUGUGUGAGAAGCUUAGCAAAUCAUCUAUUUCACGGCAGCUUCAUACUAACUGGCAGUCCUUCUUUUUUCAGUCACACACACUGUUUGCGUAUGGCUUAAGCGCAUGUGACCCUCUAGCAUUUCAUACACUGUCUUGAUUUUUAUUUUCAUUUUUUAAACAUCACAAAUCACAAUUACCAUCAAAAACCAUCAAAAUUAACAAGCAGCAGUCAGUGCCUGACUUAAAAAGGUUAAAAACCAUAUGUUGUCCAACAAAGUACAUAUUAAAAAAAAAUAUAUAUAUAUAGUGCUAAAAAUGUUAGGUGUUGAAUAACAUCUCUAUUUUCCGUCCAAACAGACUUUAAAAGCAGAAUGUGAUCCAGCCAACACUCUAUGUAAAUUAUUUUAGAUGUUUGUUGAUCCUUUCUAGUGUAAUUAUUCACUUGGAUGUCUGCCAUAGUUGAUUUCAAUACUGUAAAUAAAAUAGCCCUCACAUUAUACAAGGCCUUUUACUCUGAUGUGUGCAGGAAUAUUUCUCUAUGUGACUGUCUUUGUUACUCUAAACCAUAUACAUGCUGCUAUUGUUAUACAUUACCUUGCCUUUUUAUGUAUUUAAUUUAUUGAAAUCUGCAGUGGGUAAAUUUUUGGUAGUUAAUGAGAUGACCCACGGCAUGCGAGAUGAAUUAAUGCUUUCCCACCUUGCAUACUGGUGCCUGUAACAAAUUAAUUCUCUGUUUAGAGUUUUGGUCCUCCAUAGCGUUUUGUUACAGUAGCUAAUGCACAAUCUAGUCCAAUAGUGUCCAGAUGCCUGUACACUAGCACUUUUGUUUCUGAGGUAUUUUUUGAGCUGUUUAUUCUUAGCAGGUAUAUAGCUCUUAAGAAUACGUCGAGUUGUGUGUGAUUAUUUUGGAUCCAAUAAAUCAUCAAAUAAAUCAGUAUUCAUACACGAA